AUGGUUCUUCACAACCCCAACAACUGGCAUUGGGUCAAUAAGGACGUGUCGGGCUGGGCACGCGAAUACCUUGACAAGGAGCUCCCGCAGAUCUCGGCCGAGCAGGAUGAUGUCACCGCGAAGAUCGACAAGGUUUCCAGCAUGGACGGAGAUGUCGAUGUGAGCCAGCGCAAGGGCAAGGUUAUUACAUUGUUCGACGUCAAGCUCAAAUUGGAGUACUCCGGCAAGAACAAAGAGGGCGAGGAGGCUAGCGGCACUAUCACGAUUCCCGAGGUUGCACACGACACGGAGGAAGACGAGUAUGUCUUUGACGUAGAUGUCUACUCUGAGGAUGCCAGCAAACAACCUGUCAAGGAUCUAGUACGAUCCAAGAUCAUCCCCCAGCUACGCAAGAGUCUCGCAAAGUUCGGCCCAGCUGUCAUGGCUGAGCACGGCAAGGAUAUCCAACAUGCGCCCGGUUCCAACCCGUCAAGCGGGUUUUCGACCCCGAAGAUCUACUCGAGCUCGAGCGUGAACAAGUCGACUGGAUCGAAGACCGAGAGCGGCUCACAGAAGACGAGCACCGGGUCGGUCGUUAACGUCACAACAAUCAACGACAGCACUGAGUUCCGCACCACUGCUGCCGAGUUGUUCCAGACGUUUACAGACCCUCAGCGCAUCGCCGCAUUUACCCGCGCACCGCCCAAGUCCUUCACUGGUGCUAAGCCCGGUGGCACGUUCGAGCUUUUCGGUGGUAACGUGAGCGGAGAGUACACUGAGUUGGAGGAGCCAAAGCACAUCGUUCAGAAAUGGCGACUCGCACAAUGGCCCGCUGGCCACUUCUCAACCCUGUCGAUCUGGUUUGAUCAGAACGAUGUGGACGCGGUAACUGUGAUGAGGGUUGAGUGGAAGGGUGUCCCAGUUGGCCAGGAGGAGCCAACGAAGACCAAUUGGGACCAGUACUACGUACGCAGCAUUAAGACCACCUUCGGGUUCGGUACGGUGUUGUGA